GCUUGACAUGGGCCACAUGGCUCACUUUCUGCUACUUUGAAAUCUAUCCCUCUUUCCCUUUUUCUCUGAUUUUUUUUAAUUCUUGCCUUGUUUUCACUUAGGCUGAGUAUCAUCCUCCACAUGGUUGCACUUAUGCCUGAUUGAAACUUCUAAUCCUUGCUACCCUUCUACCUAUUUAAGAAGAGAGGAAACUUAUUGAACUCACAAGUGCAGAGACAUAUACUCAGUAUGAUGGAAGCCGGUCAUCAACCACUGCUAGGCGCUCCCAAGAGGACUUCCUCCUCUUGCAAAAUCCUUUACAUUUUUCUUUCUUUGGCUGCCAUCGUCUCCCUCACUGUUAUAGUAGCUCCCCAUCUGAUCAACACUACCGGCCCAUCUAAUCUCUCUGACUCCGUCCAGGCUCGUUUAUGCCAUCCCGCUCACGACCGGGAAUCAUGCCUAUCCAUGGUCUACGAAGCCGUUGCCGCCAAAGGAGCGAAGCAAUUGAACGACGUUGAUCUCCUCCGGAGCUUCCUGGAAAAAUCUGCAUUGCUCGUAAAGGAGGCCCUGAAGGUUGCCCACAGUGUGAACUCUCGGAUUAACGACCGAACAGAACAAGCGGCGUUAGUUGAUUGUGUGGAGCUGAUGGACCUGUCAAUCGAUCGUUUAACGGAUACCGUGGCGGUUCUAGGAACUCGGACUUCCCGAUCACCGGCCGACGCUCAUUCAUGGCUCAGUAGCAUACUCACUAACCAUGUGACAUGCCUGGACGGGCUCAAUGGAUCGGCCAGAGCAGCGAUGGAAGACAAGCUCCAAGGUUUGAUAGCCAGGGCUAAAACUUCCUUGGCCAUGCUGACGGCAAUUUCCUCGUCCAAGGAAGAUGCUCUCAGGCCACUAGACGGGAAAUUUCCGUCUUGGGUCACGAAGAAUGACAGAAAGCUUUUACAAUCUUUGCCUAGGAACAUUAAAGCCAAUGUUGUCGUCGCCAAAGACGGUAGUGGGAAUUACCAGACGGUGCAGGAGGCGGUCAAUUCGGCGCCGGAUAAAGGGAAGAGCCGGUACGUGAUCUACGUGAAGAAAGGAACGUACAAAGAGAAUGUGGAGGUGGGGAAGAAGAAGAUGAACGUGAUGCUCGUCGGCGAUGGCAUGGAUUCGACCAUCAUUACCGGCAGCCUCAACGUCGUAGAUGGAUCAACCACCUUCAAAUCUGCCACUGUUGCUGCUGUGGGAGAUGGAUUCAUUGCACAGGACAUGUGGUUUCAGAACACGGCGGGUCCAGAGAAGCAUCAAGCGGUUGCGCUACGAGUGGGGGCAGAUCAGUCGGUGAUAAACCGAUGCCGUAUAGACGCAUACCAAGACACCCUUUACGUACACUCCCUCCGGCAGUUCUACCGAGAUAGCUACAUCACAGGAACCGUGGAUUUUAUCUUUGGUGAUGCGGCUGUGGUGUUUCAGAACUGCAAACUGGUGGCGAGAAAACCCAUGGCCAGCCAAAAGAACAUGGUAACAGCCCAAGGGCGAGUCGACCCGAACCAGAACACGGGGAUAUCGAUCCAGAAGUGUGACAUAAUAGCAAGUUCAGACCUGGCACCGGUGAAAAACUCGUUCCCGUCGUACCUCGGCCGUCCAUGGAAGGAGUACUCUAGAACAGUGGUAAUGCAAUCUUACAUCGGAGAUCACAUUGCACCCGCAGGGUGGUCCAUAUGGAGCGGUGAGUUCGCAUUGAAGACAUUGUACUACGGGGAGUACUUAAAUAGUGGGCCGGGUGCGGGCAUAAGCAAGCGAGUGACAUGGCCCGGUUACCAUGUUAUCACUAACUCUGCAGAAGCCCUAAAGUUCACUGUGGCAGAGCUGAUACAAGGAGGGGCUUGGCUCAAGUCUACCGGCGUGGAUUACACCGAGGGGCUCUGAGUCCUUUUGAGAUAAUGCUAAUAUGAACGGCCCACAUAUGUACUUGCCCUUGUUCUUUUCGGCUUAAUAAAUUGAUAAUUGGCUGAUAGUAUGAUAA